UAGGCUUGGGAUUUGCUGCGGAAGGCCGUGCGGUUCCCGAACCUCCCAACUCUUUUCAAUUAUAUCCUCCUCUGUUUUCAAUUCAUCCCGUAGUAGCUUCAGAGAGAGAAAUGAAAUCGAGAAUUCUAGAGAGAGAUAGAGAGAAGUAGAUUUAAGGGUUUGUCUCGAUGUCGGUCACCGAAGGGUUCUUCGUUCUUGGUUCAGAGAACAGCCUCGUUGGAGAUAAGCCUAAAGUAGAGAAAACAGCUAAGGGCUCUUUUGGAAGUGUGGCAAGGAAGAGACUUGGCGACAUAAGCAACUUGCCACAGCAAACUAAGCCAUUGUCUCAAGUUGACAAGGAACUAUUAGUUUCAAAUACUACAAAAGAGUACAUUGAACAGCUUCAAAAGGAAAAUGUGGCAUUGAUGAAGCUUUUAGUGGAUAGAAAUAAAAUCCUUGAAUUGAGUGGAAUUGAGUUACAGAAACUUAGAGUCAAUUUGCAGAAACUGCAGCAACAGAAUUCACAACUCGCUCAAGCAAAUAGCCAGAUGCUAGUGGAACUUAAUUCAGGAAAAGAUAGGACCUCUAAUUCAUUUCAGCUCAAAGUACUACAUCAUGAGCUUGGAUGCAAAAACGGUUUGCUCAAAGCAAGAGGACUUGAACUGGAGGAGAAAGCAAAAAUAAGAACAAGUAAAAAAUUGGACAAUCAGGUGCGAACUUGCAAGUCUGAGGAGGCCAGGGAGUCCUUUGAAGCAGAUAGAGCUGAAAAUAAACCUCGUAAUACCAACAAGAUUGGGAAGCAGCAAUCAAAAAGUUUGGGCCCCCCUUCUGUGAAACAAGUUCUAUUGAGGGACAAAACUGAGAGUAAUAGCAGCGUGGGUUUGAGAAGGAAAUCUGCUAGAUUUAAAUCUGAAGAACCAGAGCCUACUGGAGACGUGUCUGAGAUAGACGAUGCAAAAACUGAGAACAAAAGCAGGGUUUGUUUGAGAAGGCAAUCUGCUAGAUUUAAAUCUGAAGAACCAGAGUCUACUGAAGAUGUGUUUGAGAUAGAUGAUGCAAAAUUUCCUGCAUGUUCUCUGCACGAUGAUCAAAUGCAGGAAGAUGGUUCACCUUCCAUGUGUUUGUUGGUCAAAAAAAUUGAUAAAGAAGUCAAUAGUGACUCAAGUGAUGAAACUCUUGUACUUCAAAGGUCAUCUAUUGGAAGGCCUUUGCGUCUAGCAGCCAAAAAGGUUCAGUCCUACAAGGAAACUCCACUUAACAUGAAAAUGCGGAGACUCGAGUGAGUCAGUUUUUUUUCUUUUCUAGGCCAACCCUGCCCUUCGGGGGCAAUUAAGUAGCAGAAAGGCGUAAGACUCUUCACCUUUGACUGUUUUCAUUUCUCUUUCAAAGUUGUUUCUUGCUCACUCUUAUGUAGAUUUCUUUUGGCUGUUGACCCAAUGUAUGUUUGAAACUAGAGUGUAUCUUACUCAGUCAUCUGCGGAUGAUAACUAGAAAUACUGAAGUGGACAGGUUUAUAUGAUUGUGUUGUAAUUUGUUGGACUGCGGUUUUCGUAGCUAAAUACUGAGUUAAGUGAUGAAUGAAAUGCUGAAUUGAUUUUGCAA